ACCUAACUUAAUGAACCUAUAUAGAUAGAUAGAGCUCCAUAUAUACCCCACCAAUUCACCUAAACAACCCACUCAACUAGACUUCAUCUUUCACUUGUAGCUUAAUAAGAACAAGAAACAUCAUUUCUCCAAGAUUUCCUCCCCUUUCCUUUGUUUAACUUCAUCAAUUUUCCUGUCUCUGGACCAAACAAAUUAUGGAAAUGGAGUGUAAAAGAAGUGGACAAAUUCCAGUAUUUGGAGAUUGGGAUAAUGCAAAUGAGAUGCCAAUUACACAGUAUUUCGAGUGUGCAAGACAAGCAGGGUUGAUCCGCCAUAGCUGCCAUUCAUCACUUGAAGAAAAUAAUACUGACCUUUAUGCUCUUCAUUUCCACAAACCUCACUUUUAUGCUAUCCCUAAUGCUCCUCAAAGAAAGACAAAGGCUGCAAUAAAUAAGAAGAGGUGUCCAGAGCAGAAAUGGACAGGUAAAGUAGAGAAAUUAAAGAAGGAUAGUGGGCCUACAAUGAAGUCCGCAACAGUGGCCCAGAGGCCCACAAAUCCCAAACCUGUGGAUGAAGAUCUCUACAAAAUUCCUCCUCAUCUUCUUCCUGGCUAUAAGCGAAAGAGAAUGUUUGGAUUCUUCUCAAGAUGCCUUGCUCCGCCCUGUAAGGCAUAAGUAUAUCUAUCAUUCGAGAUAUAUUCAUACAAAUGGCAAAUAUCAUUCAGUACCGUGGCGAAGCUAUUUUACAAUAGGGCCUCCCAUCUUCAUCUUGAGAAAGAAAGAUUUAUGCAGAAAGCAUCGAUCAGCUGAUGAAACCUUCCUUUUGUAGAACUAAUAGGUAGUAUAUGAAUGAUUUUUUACAUCAAAUGUCGUUGGGUUGUUUGCUAAAGUGAUACUGACUACACUAAUUUCACGUUUGUUUUUAUUGAUAUAAAAAGCUCUAAACCUUGAUAUAUCAAGGGAACAUUUUGCUUACACUUUAUUGAA